GUCGGUGGCUGCGGGAGGAGCUUGUGCGUUCGCCGCUUCACUCGUUGUCUGCGGAAGCCGAGACACCGGGGGGCCCCCCGGGGGGACAACAAAGACAUGGAGACAAAAAAGCUGAUCACUGCAACAGACACCCAAUAUUCUGGAAUUCUGCUCAAUGCUUUAAAUGACCAGCGUAUUCAAGGGCUGUACUGCGAUGUGACCGUCAUUGUCGAAGACCGAAAAUUUCGAGCUCACAGAAAUAUUCUUUCUGCUUGUAGCACUUAUUUCCAUCAGCUGUUUUCUGUUGCAGGACAAGUUGUGGAGCUGAAUUUUGUCAAAGCUGACAUAUUUGCAGAAAUUUUAAACUACAUUUACAGCUCCAAAAUUGUUCGUGUGAGAUGUGACAUGCUGGAAGAGCUGAUAAAGUCAGGGAAGUUACUAGGAGUCCCAUUUAUAGCAGAACUUGGUAUCCCUCUUUCUCAAGUAAAGAGCAUAUCGGGAGCUGGAGGUAAAGAUGGUGGUACUGAUGCACCAUCAAACCCUGAUCAUAAAGCACCUGAACCACAAAAAAGCUCAGAUAGUCCAUUACCAUGCACAGUCAAAAUCAAAGCUGAUGUGAAAACCGAGAUGCCUGUAAUCACAGAAUCCUUUUCAUUGUCCAGUGAUGAUUAUAAGGACAAAAAGGCUUCUGGUUCCCAAGAUCACAAUUCAGAGAAGGAAGAUGAUGACGAUGAUGUAAUAUUUUGUUCAGAGAUUGUGUCAUCUAAACAGGCCCCCGCAGAGAGAAAGGAGGCUGCUCAAACCCAAAUACCUCCUGAUAAUGAACAAGUACCAGAAGUAAAAAAAGUUACCCCUUCAAGUCAAGUUCAACUUACCCAGAAUUCAUUACCAACCAACCAACAAUCAUCAAAGAACACCUCAUCAACAACACAGAAAUUUACUCCACCUGUUAAUGCAAAUAUAAGUAAGAAUCCAACUCCAGCUGCAAAUGGUUUUCUUAGUCCCACAGCUCAGAAGCAAGGGACUCCUAAUGCUGUUCAGAAUCAACAUUCCCAAAACAUUACCUCUGGUAACGCUUUACCACAACAAAAACCUGUGGUCAAUUUCAGCUCACUAAAGCCUCAGCAAAUAAGUGCUAUAAAACCCAAAACAGAAGUAAUUAUCCAUGGUAAUGGCCUCUCUCCUCCAAGUUCCUCUGUCAUCCCUUUGGGGCAGCAACCUGUCACACCAAAACACAUUUCCUUUGAUGGGGUACAGAAAAAGCAAGUUGUGACUUUUACUCAAGGAUCUCCAUCGAAACCUGGCGAAUUCAAAAUUAAGAUAGCCGAUGUUGUUUCAGGAAGCAGCCUGGAUUCAUUUAAAGACUCUGAGCCACGGCGCAUUAUUGACGGCAAAAAAAUCAUAACACUAGACACUGCUUCUGAAAUUGAAGGUCUGUCAACCGGUUGCAAAGUUUAUGCAAACAUUGGCGAAGAUACGUAUGAUAUUGUCAUUCCCAUAAAGGAAGAUCCUGAGGAAGGGGAGGCCAAACUAGAUUUAGAUGGAUUACCAAACCGAAAGCGCAUGAAGGUGAAGCAUGAUGAUCACUAUGAGCUGAUAGUGGAUGGUAGAGUAUAUUACAUUUGUAUCGUAUGUAAACGAUCUUACGUAUGUCUGACCAGCUUACGGAGACAUUUUAACGUCCAUUCCUGGGAAAAAAAGUACCCGUGUCGUUACUGCGAGAGAGUUUUCCCUCUUGCAGAAUAUCGUACUAAGCAUGAGAUUCACCAUACCGGUGAACGAAGAUACCAGUGCUUGACUUGUGGAAGUUCUUUUAUCAAUUAUCAGGUUAUGGCUUCACAUAUAAGGUCCGUUCACAGUCUGGAUCCAUCAGGAGAUUCAAAGCUUUACCGACUAAACCCCUGUAAAACCCUGCAAAUCAGACAGUACGCGUAUGUUAAUAACUCAACUAAUGGCACUGUUAUUAAUGAUGGAGCAAUUAACGUUCCUGUUAUUACUGAUGGUGGCAUUAAUGUUCCUGUUAUUAAUGAUGGUGGAAUUGUGUAUGAUAUUGACCCAGAUGAACCACAGCAACCUGCGUCUGAAGGAAACCACGCUAACUCUGCUACAAAGCCUGUCAACUGGGAUAAUAUCUUCAUCCAGCAGAGUAAUCAGAAUAUGUUUAAACUGAAUACAUCUGAGGGUGGUACAGAGUUUGAGUUUGUAAUACCAGAAUCGUACUAGAUCUGCAGAUUGAACCUGCAUAAAAAUAGGAACAUAGAUGACUUUAAGGCAACUUGCCAUCAGGAUUUUUUUAAGCUAAUCUUAUGGUAUUCUAAUAACGACUAGUCCUUUUUGUAGUUGCAUUAUCUGUAGUUUUGACUGGCAUGGGUGGGGGGGGGGAGCCAUCUCAUAAGCAUUUACUUGAAGGACCAGUGGAGCUGAUUAUCAAGGAGUAUUGGGUUCCAUUUUACAUCUGAUCUUUGUUCCAUUUGAAACAUCUUCAGUUGUUUCAGAGUCUCUUUAUUUUGUGACUUUGGGGGUUUUCCGCUGUGUUUAAAUUAGAAACUCUUGCUCACUGUUUAGUUAUUAAGCUUACACUUUAAAGCUAGCUCUGGUUUCUGAUUGGACCUCUGUUCACUGCCAAUAAUAAGUCAGAUUUUGUGCUAGGAUCACAUCAUACAAGCUGAAACGGUUGUACUGCUAGAAGGGUCCAAAAACAGCAGUCUUCCAAUCCUUUUUUGAUGGUUUGUGUGCAGAAACAUACAUGUAAUCCCAAAAUAUGGUUAAAUUCAUUUUGUAAGUACGGAAAUUAGGUGAAGGAAGGGUACCAGAUUAUAUUAGACAUUAGGGGCACUUCUACUAAAUGCUAGUUGCUGGGCUGCAUUGGUUGCAAAGCAGUUACAAUGACUGCAUAUAUGAUAACCGUAAUUUAUUACCCAACUGUAGGUAUCCUUUUUAAUAAAUAAGAUGCCUCUCCUGGUGUAGGCCCCUAAAUCUCCACCUGGUUAGGGGAAAUGGAAUAUUUAUAUCUAAACACACACAAAUUGAUCAGCAUGGUCAGCAGCAUAUGAAAAUGCAGUGGUUGAUUUAAAAAAAAAAAAAAAAAA